AUGGCCUCGAUGUUGUCGGCCGGAAGUGCAACGCCCGGUGCGGACGGCAAGCAGCAGCAGCAGUCGCAGUCCUCCCCUCUGACCUGUUCGCCCCGCAACGCAGCAUCCGGCAACGCCGGCGCCGCCGGUGGCAACAAUUCCUCCCAAACGCCCAGCCCGGCCAGCAUGGCGGUGGCCAUGAAUAAUCCAACGGCCGUCAAGCUGGGCGUCAUGGACGUCCCGAAGGCGCUGCAGGACGGCGAGAAGUUCAUCAAAUGGGACGAGGAUUCGUGUAUCGGCACACCAGUAACACUGCGCGUGGACGUCAAGGGCUUCUUUCUCUACUGGGUCGAUCAGAACCACGAGAUGGACAUGCUAGACAUCGCCACCAUUCGUGACGUCCGGACCGGACAGUAUGCCAAAAAGCCGAGGGAUAUUAAACUGCGGCAAAUUGUGACGAUGGGCUCCCAGGACACGCUCGAGGAGAAAACGGUCACCGUGUGCUACGGUGCCGACUUUGUGAACGUCAAUUUCAUCAACUUUUGCUGCACACGAAAGGAGAUCGCUCGGCUAUGGUGCGACGAGCUGAUCCGAAUGGCAUACAACUUGACCCAGCUGAACGGACCGGCGAUCAUGUUUCUGCAGAAGGCGUACACCAAACUUUGUCUGCAGGUCGACAAGACCGGCAAGAUCCCGGUGAAAAACAUCAUCAAAACGUUCGCCACCAACAAGGACGACCGGCGGCGCGUGGAGAAGGCGCUGGACGUGUCCGGGCUGCCGUCCGGGAAAGGCGAUACCCUGGCGCUGGCCAAGUUCCAGUUCGAGGACUUUUUUAAUCUGUACAAAAAUCUUUCCCAAAGAACUGAAGUCGAGAAAGUGUACGAUGAGCUAGUCGGUACGUCGAAGCGACGUCUCAUGUCCACGUCGCAGCUAGUCGAUUUUUUAAACAAAACCCAGCGCGAUCCGCGGUUGAACGAAAUCCUGCAUCCGUACGCCAACACGGCCCGGGCCCGCGAUCUCAUCCAGGAGUACGAGCCGAACAAGUUCAACGCCCAGAAGGGCCAGUUGAGCUUCGAUGGGUUUCUUAGGUAUCUAAUGUCGGAGGAUAAUCCUAUCAUGGCAGCUACCAAGCUCGACUUGACCGACGAUAUGGAUCAACCGAUGGCGCACUACUUCAUCAAUUCGUCGCACAACACCUAUCUGACCGGGCAUCAGCUAACCGGCAAGAGUUCGGUGGAGAUCUAUCGGCAAAGUUUGCUGGCCGGUUGUAGAUGCGUCGAGUUGGAUUUCUGGAACGGCCGCACUGAGGAGCCCGUUAUCGUGCACGGCUACACCUUCGUACCGGAAAUCUGCGCCAAGGACGUACUGGAAGCAAUAGCGGAGACGGCAUUCAAGACGUCGGAAUUUCCUGUGAUACUGAGCUUUGAGAACCACUGCAACCCGAGGCAGCAGGCAAAGAUAGCAAACUAUUGCCGAGAAAUAUUCGGUGACAUGCUGCUGGACCGGCCGCUCGAUUCCCAUCCGCUCGAAUCGAACGUCGAGCUGCCGCCGCCGGCGCUGCUGAAGCGAAAGAUUAUAAUUAAAAAUAAGAAAAAACAUCACCACCAUCAUCACCAUCAUCAUAAAAAGGCGGCCACCGUGGUUAGCAGCCCGCAGCAGUCUCAACCGCCGGGCGGUGGUGGUGCUGCUGCGGUGGCGGCGGCCCCAACGAACAAUGUUGGCAAUAAUGGUACCACGGGGAAUGCAAAUGCCACAGUAGUUAACAAUAGUAGCACCACCACCACCACAGCCGCGGCCACCAGCAACAACAGUACAAAUGCAGCAAAUGCAAGCUUACAGCAGCAGCAGCAAUCGCAGGAUGAUUCCAACGGCAACGCUACCACCACGGCCGUCAACAACGGCACAACACCACAAGCAAUGCAACAGCAGCCACCGACCGGAAACGGUGACAUUCCGCACCAUGCACCACCACUGCAGCAAAUUCGCCAAAGCUCAAAGGAAAGCACCGGCUCGUCGGACACGGACAGCGACGACGAGAGCGAUGACGAGUCCAUGCCGGGAGCGGUGGCCGGCCCGAUCGGGGCCACCGAGGCGGACAAGGUGCAGCAGACGAAGGAGACGGAGGCCGGUGCGGAAAUCUCCGCCCUCGUUAACUACGUGCAGCCGGUGCACUUCAGCAGCUUCGAAAAUUCGGAAAAAAAGGCUCGGUUCUACGAGAUGUCCUCGUUCGACGAGAAGCAGGCAACCACCCUGCUGAAGGAGCGACCCAUCGAGUUCGUCAACUACAACAAGCACCAACUGUCGCGAGUGUACCCGGCCGGAACACGCUUCGACAGCUCCAAUUUUAUGCCUCAGCUCUUUUGGAAUGCCGGCUGCCAGCUGGUGGCCCUGAACUACCAAACGCUCGAUCUAGCGAUGCAGCUGAAUCUGGGCAUCUUCGAGUACAACCACCGUUGCGGGUAUCUGCUGAAGCCAGAAUUUAUGCGCCGCAAAGACCGCCGGCUGGAUCCGUUCGCGGAGAGUACGGUCGAUGGUAUCAUUGCCGGCACGGUCAUGGUGACGGUGAUAUCGGGCCAAUUUCUCACCGACAAGAAGGUGGGCACGUACGUGGAGGUGGACAUGUUCGGCCUGCCGGCCGACACAGUGCGCAAAAAAUUCCGCACAAAGAUCGUGCGCGAUAACGGCAUCAACCCGGUGUACGACGAGGAACCGUUCGUGUUCAAGAAGGUCGUCCUGCCCGAGCUGGCCAGCAUACGGAUAGCGGCGUACGAGGAGGGCGGCAAGCUGAUUGGCCACCGGGUGCUGCCGGUGAUAGGGCUGUGUCCGGGAUAUCGCCACCUAACGCUGCGGACGGAAGUCGGCCAACCAAUACCGCUGGCGACGCUGUUCCUCUGCAUCGUGGUGAAGGACUACGUCCCCGACGGGCUGUCCGAUUUUGCCGAAGCGCUGGCCAACCCGAUCAAGUACCAGAGUGAGCAGGAAAAGCGCUCGAAGCAGCUCGCCGUCCUGCAGGAGGACAUGGAACCGACCGAGGAAGACUCAUUUGUCGUUGUAUCCUUAGGUGUUAACAAAAAGAGCGAAACGGUGAAAUCGAGCGAAAGCAACGCCAACAGCGGCAGCCCAGCUAAGCAGCGUCAAGUGGGUGGCACUCAAUCGUCGGCCACACCAGGUGGAGGAGGGACUAGCGAGAACGAUGGAGACCGGGAGGUACCACUCGAGGCAAUCACCAAGAUGGUAUCCCUGCCGGUGGCACAAUCCUCCUCCCAGGAUCACUCCAUGUCACCGUCGGCAAGGUCCACCACCACUCAAUUUGCGUUGUCCGGGGGAGGCGGUGGCGGUGGUGGUGGACCCAUUAUCACUACUACGACCAACACAUCCGGCAUGGGUUCGAGUGACGCGGCAAAUCAUCAGCACGAUGGUGGAAAAAUCGUGGCCGAUCCGUUGGAGAAAAUUUUCGAGGACAAGGUGAUACGCAAGAAGCGCGAAGCGCUCGAGAAGGAACUGAAGGCGCUGAAGAAAAGCCACGACAAGGAGAAGCUGAAAAUACACGCGUCGCAGAAGAGCACCGACCUGGGCGUCGAUGGGCAGGUCAAGAAGUCCAAGUUUGCCAUGGGCAACAAGCUAGUGAAGCGAUUCAGCAGCAAAAACAUGGCCGACAUGAACGUGAAGGUGCCGCCCUGUGCGCCCUCCUCCGAUGCGGGUGACGUGGCGGGUGACGCACAGGCGGAGCGGCUGAGGCAAAUCUGUCGUGACCACGCCAGCAGCUAUCGGGAUGUGCUGGAAAAGUAUCACGAAAUCAUCUACACUUUAGCCGAGGAUCUGUUGCGCCAGUCGCAGGAGGCACAGAUGAAGCAGCUUCGGACACAACAAGAGCGCGAAACGAGUGAAGUGAUGCGCCAGCUGCAGUUGUCCCGCAAAAGCGAAGUAAAGCAGUUGGCGAUGGUCCACAAGGACAAGGACGAGCUGGAACGCAUGAAGCGGGAGGUGGACUCGACGCUCGUGGAAAAAGGAGUCACGGAACGGACACGACUGACGGCCACGUACGAACGCAAGCAGGACGAUCUGCAGCGUCAACACGAUGCGGUAAAGCAAGGCUUAGAGGAUCACAAGGCGAAGGCACGCUCAAUGCUGGAAAAGGAAGCGGAAUCUCAUGCCUGCAUUUCGGACACAUUCCUGGCGCACCUGAAUACCAGCAACAGUACCACCAGCUGUUCGUCGGUCGGUGCCGCUGGCACGACCCAUCCACCGGCGACCUCGCUGUCGAGUGGAAAUAUUUGUGCCACCGGUGGUGGUGUUGCUGCCGGAACCCACGAGAAUAACGUUAACAACGCCCACGCGUAG